AUGUCCGAAUUGACAUUCACGAAAUCAUUCUUGUCCACACUGGACUCACGGCCGAUCAAGCUUCGCGCCGAUCAUGUCUUCGACCCAGAGCAAGUGGGACUUCGAGUUCCUUACACUCUUCCCCGCCUCUCAGCCCCGCAUCCCCCAAUGCCUAAGAAGGUCAAGUCAGCACAUGCGCCUGGCUCAUCCAAAUCAAUCACUGUCCGUGUCAAGUCUGCUCGGAACCCUGUUCUGGACUUCGUCAUUUCCAACGCACCCCUCUCGACCACCUCAGUCCAAGAUAUUCGGGAUGCCGUGCGAGCUCGCGUCACCGAUGCGCAGGGAGGCCAGGUUCCACUUGAGAAGAUCAAGAUCCUGUACAAGCGGAAGCCAGUAUCGGGAACCGGGAAGACGCUUGCCGAAGUUCUAGCAGAUGAGCCCGCGAUUCUGGCGGGUGGAAAAGAGGUUGAGAUCGGUGUUAUGAUUAUUGGUGGUGCCCAGGCAAUUGAAUCUUCUGUGGCCCAGCCGGAAGCAGCAGAGAAGCGGGAUGAAUCUCCACCAAAGGCUGCCGUAGGACCGAGUGGUGAAGAAGUGCUGCGGACAGACGCUUUCUGGGAUGAUUUGCAGGGCUACCUGGAACAGCGAUUGAAAGAUGGUGAUGAAGCAAAGCGUUUGAGAUCCGUAUUUAAUGAUGCGUGGAAGGCUGCGAAAUAG